GCGAAUGUGAUUCUACGAGAUUCAAUAUGUCAGCGCCCAUCGUCGGAACUGGUAGUUAUAGAUAGCGUAUUGGACAUUGGACAGCCAUGUGAUAAGGGGAAUUCUACAGUUAAUAUUUCAUGAAAAAAAAGAGGCAGAAUCCUGAAGGAAAAUGGCAGCUUUCUGUCAAAAAUGUUUAGUAUCAAGGCACUUAAAAUCAAAACUUGUCUUCCAAGGCCGUGGUUUGUUGUGUCAGAAGAAAUGUUUGUCAUCGUUGACUACAAAGAGGCAGCUAUCAACAUUGUCAGCUCCUCUUGCUGCGGCCUUCAAUACCAAGCCAGCCUACAAGCUCAACUUUAACUUCGGAGUGGGAUGUGGUUUAUUCCGGAUCAUGGAAUUGCAAGAAUUCAGUGGUUUCCACAUUCUCAAGGAACAAGCUGAGGCCGAGGUUGAAUCACUAGUUGAGGAAAUAACAAGCCCUAACCGCACCAAGAGUGUAGUGACCCUCUUUGAUGAACUGUCUGACUGCCUUUGCAAAGUUGCUGACCUGGCAGACUUUGUUCGAGUAUCCCAUCCAGACCCCAUGUUUGCUCAAGCUGCAGAAGACACCUGUGUAUACCUAUCAGGCAUUGUAGAAAAGUUGAACACUAAUCCUGACAUAUACCACACCCUGAAGAAUGCUGUAGAGGAAGGAGAUGUGGUACCCCUGGACGACCUAGACAAGCGAGUCGGAAAACUGUUCCAGUUUGAUCACGAACAAUCUGGCAUCCAUCUUGCUGAAGAUAAGAGGGCAGCUUUUGUAAAACUGAAUGAGGAUGUCAUGAUGAUUGGAAAUUUCUUCAUGCAGGGUACACAUGUAAUGAGGAAUGUUCCCAAGUCUAUGUUACCAGAGAAUAUCCGCCAUUUUUUCAAUGUUGAUGGUGACCAUGUACAAGUCUACAGCCUACACUCCGACCACUAUAAUGAACGGAUGAGGGAAGCUGCGUAUAAGAUCUACCUUUAUCCUGACAAACACCAGGAACAUCUUUUAAUGAGUCUACUCCAUAGUCGACACAAACUGGCGCAGGUCGUGGGCUUUGAGACAUUUGCCCACAGGACAAUCAAGGGCACAAUGGCAGAAACUCCAGAAAAUGUCAUGGAUUUCCUUGAAAACUUGGCAGACAGCAUUAGACCAAGAGCUGAUGCUGAUUAUGCGGACAUGCGUCGUCUGAAACUAGCUGAAGGAGGAAUAGAAAACAGUAUUCUGGCAUGGGACCCGCCAUACUAUAGUGCCAAGGGGAGACAACUUGUCUCCAACCUAAAGAGCUAUGAGGUGAUGCCAUAUUUCUCCAUCGGAGGUUGUAUGGAGGGGCUCAGCAACCUAUACAAAUGUCUGUUCAACGUCACUCUACAGAAUGUGAAGCUUGAAAAUGGUGAGGCCUGGGCCAAGGACAUCCACAAACUGGCUGUGGUACACGAGUCGGAGGGUGUGCUGGGCUAUAUCUACUGUGACUUCUUUGAGAGACCUGACAAACCUCCACAGGACUGUCAUUACACCAUCCAAGGAGGUCGACAGAAGCAGGACGGCCAGUACCAGCUUCCCAUUGUGGUGUUACAGCUUAACUUCUCAGCCUCCCGGAGUAAUGUCCCCUCCCUACUUACCCAUGGUAUGAUGGAGAACUUGUUUCACGAGUUCGGACAUGCCAUGCACUCCAUGUUGGGGCGGACAAAAUACCAACAUGUCACAGGUACAAGGUGUCCAACAGACUUUGCUGAGGUGCCAUCUAUACUGAUGGAAUAUUUUGUGUCUGAUCCAAGGGUGCUGUCGACGUUUGCAUUCCACCACAAGACAGGUGAGCCACUUCCUAUGGAGCAGAUACAGAAACUCUGUGAGGCCAAGAGGUUAUAUGCAGCAUCAGACAUGCAGGUCCAGGUGUUAUCCUCCAUCACUGACCAGGUGUUCCACAGUCGCUUCCCGUUUGAGAAAAACAAGAGUACGACACAGGUGAUGGCCGAUCUACAUAAAAAAUACUACAGCAUUCCAUACGUCGAUAAUGCAGCAUGGCAGCUGAGGUUUGGUCACCUUGUGGGAUAUGGCGCUAAGUAUUACUCCUACCUCAUGUCACGGGGUGUGGCCGCACGUAUCUGGCAUAAAUGCUUUAAAGACGACCCCUUUAACAGGCAGAUGGGUGAGCGGUUCAGGGAAAAGAUGCUGUCUCAUGGCGGGGAGAUAGCCCCAGGACUAUUAGUCCAGUCCAUGCUUCAGGAAACACAGGAGUUGACAAUGAACCAACUAGUUGAGUCCCUUAUCCAGGACUUGGACAGUAGCUGAUGAAAAUAGAUCACAUGGCCUGCAUAAUGUUAUAGUGGAAACACGAAAGUUAGGUCAUCUCAAAAAUCUGUUUUCAUCUUUGUACAAAAUAACAGUAGCUGGACAGUUAAAGCUGUGAACCACCAGACCUCCAAAACAUUGACUUUUUAUUCUGAUGUGGUAUUUGGGAGAUGAAACAUGAGAUACUUCUAUAAGGAUCUGUGUUCCGCUAAAACAAUUGUCAAGUGAUAUUUGGACAACGAUUGUAUUACAGUACAGUACAACACACUUCUUAUUUUCAAGGCAGCAAAAUGAUGGAAUUCCUCACUAUGAUAUCCUGACCUUGACAAUGUGGAACUUCUCACUCGUGACCUUGACCUUGUAAACAUCUCACUCUUAGUCCUUAGAUUUUGUGAGCAUUUUCACCUAAUCUGUAAUAAGAGUGUAGUCAAUCACAGAACUUGUGAAAGAUGCCAAAACAGUAAUUUUAUCCAAUGUAAUGUUUGAUACAGUUUGAAGCCCUGUAUAAACAAGUAUUUUACACAUGUGCUAUAUAAUGUUGUGAUACUAAUAAUCAUUAAACUUGUGAUUGGACAUUAACAAAAAAUGUCAGUAAUAACUGUACAUUUCUUUUAUGUUUUAAAACUUGUUAAUUAUUUGUUGUUUAAAUUGUUUUGAGAACAUUUGCUUUUCCCAUGCUGUCAGAUGAAUUUUACCUGUUUCAAUGAAUCAUGAUUUUGUGCUGAUUGAAAUAAAUAAAUAGAUAUGUUACAUAUCCAU